AUGGCCAAUGAUCCCCCAAAGUUUAUGAUCACAGAUAAAACCCCACAAUUACUAAUGGAUUGGUGGAACGAUAUGCAUGAAUUUAGGCGGACUGAGAUAUUCAAACAUCUUGGUUUCCUUACAGAUAUCAUGAGAUUUAGUCCUAACAGAGGUUUGAUCGAGGCUUUGAUUCCAUUUUGGGACUCCACAAAUAAUGUGUUUCGAUUUAGUGAUUUCGAGUUGACGCCUACAUUAGAAGAAUUGGGUGGUUUCACAGUCUUAGGCCAGGAUCUUCGAACUAAAACACUGAUAGCCCCUAGGAGUGUCAGCAGAGGUAAAUUUUUAGAACAGAUGCACAUCAUCCAUACUCAUAAGGAAUGUGAGUGUUUUGAUAAUGGGUUGGUUUCUUUGGAAUUCUUGUACUCAAGAUAUGGAAGGAAAGAAGGAUUUUCAAGCUAUGAGAAGCAACUUAAAAAUGGACAACACCUCCCUACUUGGGAAAAACAUAGACAAGAAGCAUUCAUGGUAGCAUUCUUGGGAGUUAUGGUUUUUCCAAGGAAGGAUAAAAAAAUCGAUAUUCGUCUGUCAGGGAUAGUCACUGUUAUGAUAAAGAAAAGAAAAUCCACUAUAUUGCCGAUGAUGUUGGCUGAUAUUUAUCGUGCUUUGACUAAAUGUAGAGAGGGGGAAGAUUUUUUUGAAGGUUGUAGCAUUUUAUUGCAAAUGUGGUUUUUAGAGCACCUAUAUCGCCAUCAUUUUGCGACGGAUUUCAAAUAUGAUUGGACGAAUUAUAUUUUGAGCCACCCAGAAAGGAUGAAAGAAUUAGGAGACAAAUUGCCAAAAGGUGUCAAAGCAUGGAGACAUUAUCUUCUUAAACUGACGGCAUCUAAAAUUACAUGGAACUAUCAUUGGUUUCCUGCUAGUGAGGUAAUUGUUAUGUCUUUCUAUCGUCCAUUCUUUGUUCUGACAGGCCUUCGUGGGUUCCAACCAUACAUACCCGUCCGAGUUCUACGCCAACUUGGACAAAAACAAAUUUUACCUAAAGCCGAGGAUACGCGGAAUUUUGUGCGGGAAGUAGCAUUUGAAGAUCGAGAUCGAGAAUCAGAAGCUCAAAAGAUUUAG